CGCAUCCGGCCGCCAUCUUUUCCCGUCCCGUCCAAACCAUGUGCUUUAGCGCACUAGACGCAACGGCUCCAACCGCACCGCAGCAGCAACGGACUUGUUCAGCAUGGCUUCCUCACCGGCACUUCCACUGUACGCGAGCCGCUAUCCAACGCCGAAUGGGUACCCGCAGAUCAACGGGGAGGUCGACGCGCCGCUCGACUUUCGCAAGGUGGAAUCAUUACGCAGGAACAGCACCGACACCGGCAUCAUGGACCAGCAAUACUGUCUGCGCUGGAACAAUCAUCAGUCUAAUUUAACCACCGUGCUCACCACGCUGCUGCAAGAUGAGAAACUGUGCGACGUCACGCUGGCCUGCGACAAAGGAAUCGUUAAAGCACACCAAGCCAUUCUGUCCGCUUGCAGUCCGUACUUCGAGCAGAUAUUCGUCGAGAACAAGCAUCCGCAUCCGAUCAUCUACCUGCGGGAUGUGGAGGUGAACGAGAUGCGCGCCCUGCUCGACUUUAUGUACCAGGGCGAGGUGAACGUGGGCCAGCACAAUUUGCAAAACUUUCUCAAAACGGCCGAAAGUCUCAAGGUACGAGGACUAACCGAAAGUAGCGCUGACCGGUACUCGGCCGACGCGGACAAGCUACGCUCGGAGCGGAUCCGGGACUCACGGGAUGAGCGCGACGCCCUAACGCUACCAAACGCGUCCAACAACAAUAACAACACGAUCAGCAGUAACAACAACUCCCUGCAUCAUGGGCCGCUGCGCGACAAAGAGCUUAGCGAGCACGACCAGCUGGAGCGGCUCCAGCAGCAGCAGCACCAGCAAACGCACCAACAGCAGCAACAGCAGCAGCAGCAACAACACCAGCAGCAACAACACCAGCAGCAGCAACAGCAGCAACCGUCGCAUCAGCAAACGACGCAUCCAACGCACCACCACCAUCAUCACCAGCACGGCGGUUCCGGUGCAACGGUACAGCAACAGCAACCCUCCCGGAGUGCGAGCAUCGAUCUGAUGCAGUCCGCCCUGGUGGACGAUCGCGACUACCUGCCCGCGGAGGAUCGCGAAAUUAGCACGGUAGAGAAUAAGAAGAAACGUAAAAUGUCCACCACCUGUGAUAACUCUUCGCCCUCGACGCCCUCCCUGAUGAACGAACGGCAAGGAGGAUAUGAAUCACAGGCAUCGUCACACAGUAGCUUCAAGCAGAGUCCCAAACCGGACGACGAGUUCAAGGUGAGCUCACCGGCACCGGUACAUCCGCUGGCGGGCCAUCCGCUGAGCGGCAUCAAGCAGGAGCUGCCCGAACUACCAGUGCGCCAUUCGCUGUCCUCCGACCUGAUGCAGCCCCUCAAGUUGCCGCUGUAUGCCGACGAGAUGUCUGCGAGUAUCGGGCUCGAACCGCACGCGCACCUCAACCAUCUGCGCCACAAGUCGAAACAUCCCAUACCGAUCAAUCUGAAUGCGGACGAUAUGAACAACAUCCUAGCGCCCGGCAACAUGGCGUCGCUCAACGAGAGCGGUGACAGUGAUGCGCAUCUGUCACAUCCGGAUCAUCCAGACAAUAUCGAUGGUGACCGUAUGUUGCGUCUAGCGAUGGCGUCACGUCACCAUCAUCAUCGUGCCGGUUUGCAUCAUCACGAUCUUGCUUCAGGAGUGGUUGUGAAUGCCGUUUUGGCAGCAGGAGGAGGAGGUGGAGGAGGAGGCUGCGUUAAUGGGAGCCGUGCAGGUGGCGCAGGUGGAGGAGGUGGAAUUAGUGAUGGUGCAGAGUAUGAAGGUGGAGGAAGAGGAGGAGGGUCAGGAUUAGGGAGUAGAGCAGGUGGUUCAGUGGUAGGGUCGGAGAAGCAGCAGAACCGCAGCAACCACCACCGGACCGAUACGGCGGACUGCGUAGCCGGUGGCGGAACAGGCGGUGUAGGAGGUGGUGGACUCGGGUGUGACGGCGCUGCCGCCACUAUGCUUGGCUUCAGUGCCGUCCCACUACCGCUCGGUGGUAGCCUCGUGGAGUCCCUUGUCGAACAUCACCGGCUAGCAGCGAGCCUAAGCGCAGGAGGAGGAGGAGGAGGAGGAGGAGUAUCAGGCUCUGGUGGUGGAGGAGCAGGAGGUGGAGGAACAGGAGGUGCAGGUAGCGGAGUUGCAGUUGGUGGAGGUAUCGCGAACGGGUCCCAGUACGGUGGGGGACAUCACCUUUCCCAUCACCACAACACCACCACCCACCAUCAUCAGCACCACCAGCAUCCGUCGCACGCACCGCACCAUCAUCCUCUGCAGCAGCACAACCACGCUGCCGGCGGCAGUGCCUUUAACAGUGCCAGCGAUGCACGCGCGGGUGUGGCGGUGGCGGCGGCAGCAGCGGCAGCGGCGGCCGCAGCAGCAGCGGCCGCACUCAAUACCAGUGGCGUCCAGCCGGAUGGUAGCAAUCGGGGCAGUAAACCAUCCCUCAUGUCCACGACCCCACCGACACCGGCGUCCCUGUCGUCGUCGUCAUCGUCCUCGUCCUCCGCGUCAUCGGCUUCCCUGUGCGGCGGUAAUGGUGGCGCUGGUGGUGGUGGUGGUGGUGGCGGCGUCCCACCACCCGGAAGUUUUCUCGUGGCGGGUGAACCCUGCGAUGGGCCGGUAGCGAUGGGUGCGGGAGGGGUGGUAGGUAGUGGACCUCCCGGUAGUGCACUUCGCAGCAGUGGAGGUGGUGGGGGCACGGGAGGUGGCGCCACCGGUGGUGGUGGAUCGAGUACGACGCGGCGCGAUCACAACAUCGACUACUCCUCACUGUUCAUACAGCUGACCGGCACCUUUCCGACGCUGUACAGCUGCGUCAGCUGUCACAAGACCGUCUCGAACCGCUGGCACCACGCCAACAUCCACCGGCCCCAGAGCCACGAGUGUCCGGUGUGCGGACAGAAGUUUACCCGGCGCGACAAUAUGAAGGCACACUGCAAGGUGAAGCACCCGGAGCUGAGGGACCGCUUCUACAACCACAUCGUACACAUGUGA